AGACACUUCCCUUUGUAAAUAGAAAGGUCGGAGAUCUGCCUCUUGCUAUUGUUGUGUGUGUGUGUGUGUGUGUGUGUGUGUGUGUGUGUGUGUGUGUGUGUGUGUGUGUGUGUGUGUGUGUGUGUGUGUGUGUGUGUGUGUGUGUGUGUGUGUGUGUGUGUGUGUGUGUGUGUGUGUGUGUUUUACAUCUAUCUUUGUGAAGACUACUUAAAGUGGGCUCCUGGUGAGGUGUGACCUGUGACCCCUCACCAUCAGAUUCACCUGCCUAACUACCUGAGGGGGUGUGGUCUGAGGAGCCAAGGGUCAUCCCCAAUGGCGGCGACAUCCUCCGUGUUUGGCAAAGGGCUUGGUCUGAUCCUGGUGGAGUUUGAGUAUGAGUACCAGGGUCGGGACGGGGUGCUGGUCUCCAUCAAACCCAAUGAGCGAUAUGUACUGCUGGCAAAGACCAAUGACCACUGGUGGCAAGUUCGGCGUGACAGCAGCUCGAAGCCAUUUUACAUCCCUGCCAAGUACGUCAAGGAGCUGCCAGUGGAUUUCCCCUCCCCCUUGGAUUUUGAUGAUCCAACCAGUGCUGAGCCAGUGUCGGUUCCUGUGGCUGCCCCAGUCCCUGUGCCCAUUCCCGUUCCAAAGACUCUGGAGGAAUCCAAUGGGAACAGAAUCAAACAAGGGGACGAGGUGACAAUCCGGCUCAAGCCAGAUGCAUCUACUGGGUACCGUAAGACUGAGAACCGCAUGUCGACAUUUGGCGUCCCGUUGGAUUUUCAUGACCUGUCGCAGCUGGUUCAGACCAGCAACCCUCUUGGUGGUCCUGCAGAGACUGGGACCGCAACAACCAGCAGGAAUACAUACAUCACCAAAGGUGGUCUGAGCAAAAAACAGCCCCUUGUGCCGGGGUGCCUGGAUGACCACAAGGACUCUGUAAAACCACGACUUCCCACCUUCAGUCCAGCAGACCCGCUCUCUGCAUCACGGCCCCAGAACCAAGCCAUACCUGUAGAGAUGCCAGUGGUCCCUGUGGUCCCCAUAGUCCCCCCCAAUGAUGAUAUCCAAAGCACAUGCUCAUUGUCAGAAAUUUGCCCUGACCACCAGGAUUCCCUGAUGGAGCCUGAGGAGGAGGAAGAGGAGGAGAUGAGCGUGGAGGAGAGCAGCAAGGAGGAGGAGGAUUUACUGAAGGAGCAAGAUUCAAACCACAUUUAUGAGUCCAUUCAAGACCUGAACCUGGAUCUGGAGGUUCUGGUUAGAGAAAGAGUGAGUCCUGGACCUGGUCCUGAACUUGCAACUGCCCCAGCUCCCACACAGGACCACAGCUCGCUCGGCCAUAUCUCACCCAUCUAUGCAAACAUCUCUGUGAAGAAAACGUCUCACGACUCUGACGACUUCCUUAUUCCGCCACCUCCAACCGAGCCCGCCCCCUUCCCUACAGGCCACACCCCUUCUCCUUCUUCAGUUUCUUCUUCUGAUAUAAAAAGCCCCGCCUCCCCCAUCAGCCUGCAGGAUGAGUGGCAGGUUCACACGGACCACGACAGCGGGAGGAGGUUUUAUUUCCAUCCUGUGACGAGACAAACAACCUGGACCGACCCCCACAGCCCCACAGCGCCCCCUGCUGCACUGGCCUCCCCUUCACCGCUGCUCCCCCCCGCCUCCUCUCAGGAUGCUUGUUGUUGGGAGCCGCUACUGGACGAAGCCUCUGGGAGAUUUUACUAUUUCAACCCAAUCACACGAGCCACAUCCUGGACUGCACCUGAACCCCUCUCCCCCUCCUCUCCCCUUUGGUCGCACAGCAGGGAGCAUGACGACAGCCCGCCUCCACUGCCAGAGGAAGAUUAUCCUGUAGAGGGAGCUAAUGACACUGUGUUUACAACGAGUCCUCAGCAGCCUGCUGGUCUGAUUCCCAGAGUUCAGAUGGAGUUGAAAGAUGGAAGCUCCUCCCAGUUGAGGAUGCAGGAGCCACAAAGGACGACAGGAGACGGAGUUUCUGAGGAGGGAGCGUCUCUGCAAGUCAGGAGCUGGAGACACAGUGUGGCCGAAGACACGUUUGCUCUCGGUCACAGGAGAAACGUGUCUGACCUCACGGAGGUGAUGAAUAGAAGACUCUCGCCCGACGGUUCACAGUUCUCUGAUAGGCACAGACUGAAGAGGAAUCUGUCCAAUCGGAGCACAGACUCCCACCAGCUGCAUGGCCACCAGCUGGAGAAAGCAGGAAUCAUCAAUAAGACCAAAGUAGUUGAUAACGGCAAAAGGAUCAGGAAGAACUGGAGUCAGUCCUGGACCGUCCUGCAUGGUGGGAUCCUCACCUUCCACAGAGACCCCAAGUCUGCUCCAACUGGGAACGCUAGCAAAGCGUCACAGAUUGUUCCAGAGUACACGGUGGACCUGAGAGGUUCUUCAGUCAGCUGGGCGGCCAAAGACAAGUCCUCCAAGAAGAACGUUGUGGAGCUAAAGACUCGGCAGGGUUGUGAGUUCCUGAUGCAGUACGACACCGAGAGCAUCAUCAGUGACUGGCUCAAAGUGAUCCAGGACGCCGUCAGACAACUGGAACACGAUGUGGUGACGGAGGACGAGGACGACGCAGCGUCGGACAGAGAAGACAAAGAGCGCAGGAAGACUACCUCAACGAGUUCAUCAGGGGUUGACUCUGAGCAGACUCGAGUUCGGACCAAACUCAGACGCUUCCUCCAGCGUCGGCCGACGCUGCAAAGCGUCAAAGAGAAAGGAUACAUCAGAGAUAAUGUGUUCGGAUGUCACCUGGACACACUGUGUCACAGAGAACACACAACCAUCCCCACAUUUCUACAGAAGUGUAUCAGAGUGGUAGAACGGAGAGGUCUGGACGUUGACGGUAUCUACAGAGUCAGUGGAAACUUGGCUGUGAUCCAGAAACUACGACAUAAAGCUGAUCACGAGGAGCAGCUGGACCUGGACGAUGGACUGUGGCAGGAGAUCCACGUGAUCACCGGAGCUCUGAAACUUUUCUUGCGGGAGCUUCCGGAGCCACUGUUUCCCUUCAGCUGCUUCGACAAGUUCAUCGCUGCUAUCCAAGUUCCAGACCACAGUCUGAGAGUGUCCUACAUGAAGGACCUGGUUCGAUCGCUGCCUCUGCCAAAUCACGACACCAUGGAGCUGCUGUUCAAACACCUGCACAAGGUGACGGAGCACAGGGACUCCAACAGGAUGUCGGUUCAAAGCGUCGCCAUUGUGUUCGGACCCACGUUGCUCCGCCCACAGACCGAGUCCCCCAACAUGACGAUCAACAUGGUUUUCCAGAGCCAGAUUGUAGAGCUCAUGCUCAAUGAGUUUCAGUUAGUCUUUUCCCAGACGUAGGAAGAACCUACUGUUGAAUUUACAAGAACCAUUAGAGAACCUCUGGGGGGCGCCAGAGCACCAUCAGAAAUGCCAAUAAUCUUCUGAAGUGACAGAGAAGCUCCUACACCUCCUGUCACAUGGUUCCGUUUCUAAGCAAAGUCAGAGACUUCUACAAAACUCUGGAUCUGUGUAGAUAAACAUCAUCAUCUCACUCUCUCAAGAUCAUCUGCCACAUUCUGACCCUCUCGAAGCUCUGUGACUUGAAUGAUUCAGGUAGAACCUGAUAUAACCCUGGAUCAGUUUGGACCCAGCUUGGCUUCUCAUACAAAGACCAAACCGCUCAUUUAAAUCCCCAAAUAUCUCACUUUAAUACAAAAUAUAAAAAUUUAUAUAAAACUUCACAAACACCCUCCUUCUAUUUUUUUUGCAGAAAAAAACAUCGCAGCGCUGAAACCUCCUGAGAUUUCUCAAUUGGUGCAAGAAUAAAUUCAACCUAGUUUCAAAACCUUCUGGUUUAGAAAGAUCACACGACACAGCUCUCUGACCACACUGUCCAGAGGAUUCAGGGAGAACUUUGGCUUCACUUCAGACCUUAAAACCCAAAGAAAAAGACAAAUGUAAAAUGUCAAGUCUCACUCAAGACCUCGGGCAACUCACAAAAUCUCCUAGUAACGAAUUUCUGACAUUUAACUUGAAUGGAAACUGAAAACCUUAUGAAUAUAAUGUUCUAGAACCUUAAACAGAACGUCCGGACUUGUUCACACCUUGUGUGGCUCAGAGCUUCUGACUCCUUAGUUCAGUCGGAACCUGAACAUCAGGUGUGAAAGGUUCCUCAGAGUAGAAAAGGAGUUCUGAGUCUGGAGCAAACUGAACCAGGAUCUGUUGGUUUGCAGUGAAAACAUUUUGUUGCAUAGUUUGGACUUUUGUACCAAUCAGUGGGAGGUAAAGACAGAAUUAAACAGUAGAAGAAAAAGAAGAAGAAUAUGAGGAAGAAGAAGAGGAAGCAGCUGCAGUCUUCAACUCCGACGAUAUAAUGUUUGAACCACGAGGACGUUCAUUUGAACUAGUGUGUAGUACUGUAGUACUGUGGAGUAUCAUAGUACUGCACCUGAAGGUGCUGAUACUGUUUGUGAUACAUCAUGAUUUUACCAUGGCAACCAGAUGACCUGCCCAACUGACCACACGCCCAUCUACAGACCAAUCAGAGUCAAGUAUAGGUAGACUCCGCCCACGUAGGUGAUGACGACAGGAGGGACGCAUGUCAGACAAAAUUUAGUCCCUAAAUUACAACGUGAAACCAGAACUAACAGAUCAAUUGAAACUAUGGAACAAACACAUGAAUCUUCAGAACAUGAGACACAAACUCUCAUCAUCAAAAUGUUUACAGGGAUUGAACCUGGAGCCACCGAGACGAGCCGCAGUGGACCAAUGAGCCCGGACUCCAUCUCUUACCCAAAGAGAUUUGCUUAUUGGAAUCUUAAAAACACAAAGUGUUUCAUCUCUAUUGGGUGAAAUGUCUCAUGAGCUUAAACCAGAGAAACAUCUCACUCAGGUGAAGACCUGAACUUUCGCUCAUUGUGAACAUGAACAGAUGUUUUCAUGUCUGUGACGCUUUAUGGAUUCCAUCGAGAGUGACUCAGGUCAUACGCUGGAUUUCUGGACUCUUGUUUCUUCUCCAACGUUAUUUUUGACCUGAUGUCUGAUCUUUGGAAAAUGGCGUCACAACAGGAGGUGGACCCUGGUGUGCCUGGAAACAUGUCAUGACUGGAAUCACGACAUGUUUCCAGUCAUGAUGUUGAGAAAAAAGUGAUUCUAAUUUUUAAAUAAAUAAUUGAAUUUAUUACAAAGGGAACAAUUUAAAUAUUAUAAGCAAGCAAAUAUUUAAUUUAUAAACGCUUGCCAGUACUGUCACCAUGGCUAUAAUGAAGUCUGGAGCAAUAAUUAAAUUAUCAAAGAGCUAGAUGAAUAUUUCAUUGAGCACCUCAAACUGUGACGUUCAUCUUGUUUAAUGAUCGUGUCUCAAUCAUCAAAUUGAUUCAUUCUUUAGAAUCUUUUAUCCAAAGUGAAAAAUCAAUCAAUCAGAACAUGGACUUGUUCGGGAGUCUCAGUCAGAGAAUACAAUCUCGAGUUCUAUGUGACAUUUACUGAUUCUGGUAAAUUAGACGUUUAUAUAAAGUAUAUUUUUUUACAUGAAACCUUCAUUGGUCAAAAUGUUACUCUGGAUGUGACAGUGAUGUUUUUGGAGAGUCAUCACAUUGACGAGAUAUUACGUCAUCAAAGUACCACCUAAACAAUUUACAAACUGUUUCCUGUCUUUGUGCUAAGCUAGGCUAAAUGCACCCUGGAUCUAUCUGAUGAAAGUCUUUGGGAGUUUUCUGUAAAUCUUAAUGAGGUCUAUUGGAAAGUUGAGAGGACCCAGGAUGUUUCCCUGAGGGACUACACUUACAGAACCACCAGGUUCUGAUGAAACGUUUAAGGAUGAAUGUGCUGUGACGACACAUCUGCACAAUACUGUGUGUUUUGAUAGUAUUGAGUUAAUAUAUGUAUUCAAAGAUGCAGAACAAAGUUAAGAUGAACAGAUUAAACUCUGUAUAUAAAAGGUAUUUUACUAAUUUUAAUAAAAACCGAUCAUUGUGACACUUUU